AUGACGGCCGAGACAAGUACGGCCCCUGCAUCGACCGCGCCCGCCGUGGCAGCGCCUGCACCGACUGCAAAUGCACCGAGCGCAUCUACACCACAACCUGCUGCUGCCCCGGGCCAGGACUCAGCGGCGCAACCAGCAAAGAAGCUUACGGGAGCCGAGCUCAAGGCGAAGAAGCAAGCCGAAAAGGCAGCGAGAAGGGCACAAGCAAUUCAGGCAAAGACAGAGAAAGCGGCGGCGGCUCCCGGCGGCGCUGUCCCUCCCGGAGGCGCCGCGCAGGCCGGAGGUGCGAACAAAGGCGGCGCGAAACCCAAGGGCAAGCCCGAGGCAGGAGGAGGAAAGCCAGCUGCACGGCGCCCAUCUGGUGUGGGCGCAAAGCCCACCGUGGUAAUCCCUGCACCUCUGAAGGAGAAGGACCCGAGAGACUUGAUUCCGGAAUGCUUCAGCCACCUGCCGAUGGCCAAGAGGAUCCCGCUCUCGCAGGCGGAUAAGGAUGUGCACCCUGUGGUGCUGGCAGUUGGGCAGCAAAUGGCGACGUUUACGCUACGAGACAACAUUCGAAGGCUGGAAGCGACUCUCAAUGCAUUCAAGAAGGUGCUUGAAUCAUAUGAGGCUCCUCCCAGCAGCGCUUUUUCUCGCCAUUUUGUACCCCACGUCUUGAACCCUCAGAUCGAGUAUCUGACCGAGUGCAGGCCCAUGUGCUUCGCUAUGGGAAAUGCUAUCCGUCUUCUCAAAGCUAGGAUCUCCAAGCUCGAUCCCGAUACGUCAGACGAGGAGGCAAUCAAGACGCUCUGCGAGUCCAUCGAGGGGUUUAUUCAGGAGAGGAUUUACUACGCAGAAGUGAUCAUUGCGAGGAACGCGGCAGACAUGAUCAUCCAAGGCGAUCAUAUCCUCACUUAUGGCGGUGCGAGGCUAGUGGGCAAGGCUCUAGAGCAGGCGUGGGCGGACGGCAAGACCUUUGAGGUUGCCAUCCUCGACGAUCCUUGCGACCGCACUGGCCAGGCCAUGGCCAAGUCACUACGCCAGCAGGGCAUCCGGGUAUCCUACUAUCCGCAACUGGGAGGCGUUUCCUGCCACCUCCAGCACGCUACCAAAGUCAUGAUCGGAGCCGAGGCAGUCUUUGCCAACGGCUCACUCUACGGCCCGGCUGGCACCAGCGACGUUGCGCUGGCAGCACAAGCGGCCAACCUCCCCGUGAUCGCUCUAUGCGAGACGAUCAACUUUGACCGCGAGCGUGUGGCUACCGACUCUGGAAUGUAUAACGAGAUCGACCCUGAGAGGUGCACCGAGGAGUCAUUCCGCCUGCUAUUUGAUACCACCCGCGACAAGUUUCUGAAUGUCGUUGUCACCGAGUACGAGACCAUUACUGGUGAUGCCCCAGCCACGGCCAUCCUCGCCAUAUUGCGGAAGCAAGAAGACCCCAACUAG